AUAUCAAUACGUCACGCCUGUCGAAACGUGAUUUUUUGUCAAGCUUCAGCCUUCAGAAUUCAGAUUUAUUUGUUAUUAAAUAGGGUGUGUACCUUUUACCUAUUUACUGCGGAAUUACUAAGCACUUUUGGAAACUGAAAAUAUUGUUGAAAUACAAUGACUGAAACUAAAGAAAAUGUUUUUUUGUUUGUUCCAAAUAUUAUAGGAUAUGCUAGAAUAAUUCUUGCCGUGUUAUCGUUUUAUUAUAUGCCUACUCAUUGUGCAUUAGCUGUUACCUGCUAUAUAGUAUCGGCUCUCCUUGAUGCGAUCGAUGGUCAUGCUGCACGGUACUUUAAUCAGAGUACUAAAUUCGGUGGUAUGUUGGAUCAACUUACUGAUAGGGCUGGUACAGCUGCUCUUAUGAUGACAUUGGCUACAUUUUAUCCUAAAUACACCUUUUGGUUUCAAAUAUCUAUGAUUAUUGAUAUCUCUUGCCAUUGGCUGUAUUUGCAUUCAUCAAUAUUGCAAGGAAAGACUUCCCACAAGUUCAUAGAUAUGUCGGAAAACCCUGUUAUGCAUUUAUACUACACUAACAAAACUAUUCUCUUCUUAAUGUGUGCUGGAAAUGAAGCAUUCUAUGCAGCAUUGUAUGUCAGCAAUUUCUACACCGGCUUUACAAUCUUGGGUCUGGGAAUUUUCCCUUUGAUUGCUAUCUUGUCAGCCCCUGUAGCUCUGGUAAAGACAUUAAUCUCUGUACUUCAUGGGAUUGUUGCAUCUAUUAACUUAGCUACCAUUGAUCUUCAAGAGAGAGCAGCUAUAUCCGCCAAACAAAUUAAUUAAACAGGCUGAAAUAACAAUUAUGGCCAAAUAUUUUCAGCAUUUUCUCAACUACCAAAAAUAAUAAUUUUUAUAGUUUGUAUCUCAAUAGUUUAAGUAGCUAGUCACUUAAUUUUGUGAUAAUUUAAGCAUUUCAUUGAAUUUAUAUUAUUAUAUUUAUAUUAUUAUUUACUAAAACAAUAAGUUAUUUUAAAAAUAAUUUAUUAAUAUUUGUGUCAGAACCAAUACUUAAUAAGUUUAGUCACAGUAGUUUGUCAGUGGUUGGACACAGAGUAUAAGGAUAACAUUUCUAUGGGUGAAGACAAAACUGCAAUCAUAUUUUAUUGAAUAGAGUAGUGGUGUUGUUAAGACCUUCAAGUUUAAUUUUUUGUUGUUUUAAAUUUGGUCUGAAAUCUACUAUAUAAAAAUAAGACGGGUUUUCCUUCCUAACGCUAUAACUCCAGAACGCACGAACCG